UACAGCCAAAGAGGCACUGAGGGCUUCUGGAGCUUUUCCUUUUUUGCCUUCUCUACAGGACAACCUUCCAGUCUGCUGUGCCCUCCAACGCUGCUGAGAGGCUUUGACCUACGCUUGGAGGAAUAACGAAUGCACACUUCCUGCUGUUUCAGCCUUUAUAAUUAAGGUGAAAUGUGAGAUACACGCUACCUCCACACAACAUGAGUAACACACCUGUCCAGGAGCCACCUGCCCAGGAAUUGUCCUCUGGCAGCGGGCAGACGUUACCCUCCCGACCCUUCCAGCCAAUCUCUGAUCCCUCAGCUUCUAAAAGAGUAUGUUUCUACAAAAGUGGGGACUAUAAAUUCAGUGGGCAUCGCCUUGUCAUCAAUGCUCGCACCUUUAAGACAUUUGAUGCUCUGCUGGAUGCUCUCUCCAAUAAAGUGCCUCUGCCAUUUGGAGUGAGGACCAUCACCACACCUCGCGGGACCCACCUGGUUAGGGCUUUAGAUGACUUACAUGAUGGGGGAUCAUAUGUGUGUUCUGAUCAGAAACGGGUGAAACCGUUAAAUCUGGAUGAAGUGAACCGGCGUCAGGUACCAUGGAAUACCACCAGACCCUUCAGCGCAGGGCGACAAAAGCGUCAAAGACUUCAGAUUGGUAGAAGGAAUGAAGUCACCAACAGGUCAGCAAAGGUUGCUGAGAGGGUGGCAGUACGGACACCAAAGAGGAUCGUGGUCAUCAAGAAUAGGGAUCCCACUGUUAAACGCACAAUUGUGUUGCAGAAAAGAACAGCACCAACAUUUGACGCUUUACUGGAUUACCUUUCCCAGAUCCUCGAGUUCCCAGUGCUGAAACUCUUCACGACAGAUGGCAGAAGAGUUGAUGGUCUUGCAGCACUUAUCCUGUGCUCUGGAGUUGUCGUGGCAGCGGGCAACGAGCCAUUUAGAUUAGGAAACAACAGUUUUCACAGAGCCGGCCAGAUGGCACAAACAGCGUACAUGGAUACAGUGGAACCAUCAAUGUUGCAGCCCAGAGCUCAGAACAGCAAAUCUUUCUCAAGUGGAAGAGGCUCAAGGAUUUUUUCCUUAUCAUCAGAGAGAUAUAUUGUUGACCAAGUAAACAAGUUUCGGAAUGGAAGCAUGAAUGGCCCACUGCAUCACCACGGCGGAUCACUUGAAACAUCGGUCAACCAUCGCCACACACCUGUGGAGACGUGUGAAAACGGCAGGCAAGACAGCGACCAUCAUUCUUGCAUUUUACCUCAGGAGGAUGACAUUGAAAAGUCUUUCCGCGUGAAUCAAGACGGCAGCAUGACAGUGGAGAUGAAAGUUCAUCUCACCAUUAAAGAAGAGGAGUUGCUCCAGUGGACUACCACACUAAGCCGCUCCAGCCUUAGCAAGAGGACAGUUUGUGCCUCGAUUUCUGAGUCUGGCAGCAGCUCACCUGACUCAAACAACGCCAUUGCCAAAGACUCCUCUAGCAUCAGUGAAGAUGAAAGGAAAGAGGAGAACCACCCCGCUGGAGCGGGAAAGGGUGUUGGCUUUAACGACAAGCAAGCUUAUGAGGGCUACACUUCUACAGCCUCGGGAAAAGCAAAAACAGGUUUCAGGCGCACUCCUACGCCGGGUCCUCGGCAUGUUAGUAAGAAAGGGUCUGUUGAGAGUGUGAAGAUGGUGACUGAGUCAGAGGUUCAAGAGAGCACUCUGGGACAUUAUUCUUACAUGGAGAGAACCGCUGAUGGUGAGACAACUGAGGGAUACUGCGUCCUCAAACACAGCAGCAGCAAAAGGCCAAUCCCAAAACCUCGGAGGUCGGCGUCUGCAGGGGGGAGCAAGAAAAGCUGCAACUCCUCCAUCAGGUCAUCAGAAGUAGCUGAGGUCCUUCAGAUACAGAAUAAUGGGAUGGAGGUUACAGAGACUGUGAUGCAUAUUCAUGAAGGUCAAGGCUGUUAUGACAACUAUUUUGUAAAUGAGGAAUAUAGUGUAGAUGAUGUACCUUUGCAUGGUUCCACUCCAGCGGCAGAAAGCACUGUCACAGGGAAGUGUUCAUCCAGCAAUGAUUGUGAUAUAGAUUUUUCUACUACCGACUCAGUACAAAGGCAGAAAGAAGAGAUGUUAUCCCUGUCAUCAGAGCCAAUAACUCCAACACACAAUAUUGUGAACAAUCUGUCAGUGACUGAGAAUGAGGUUACAACUGCAAAAAACUCUCAAACAGACGAGACAGUAAGAAAAGACAGAACUCCUAAAAGUGGGAAAAAGAAAAAGACGAUUACCCCCGCAAAGAAUCAGAAGAGUUCAGCUUCAACAAGCAGCUCAGAUAAAAAGCAAAAGGAAAGCAUAAUAAGUCCCCCAAAACAAAGCAAACAUUCAUCUUCAGACAAGCUCAGCAGCAAUGCCAGUGCAGGAAAAAAGAGUUUGAGUUUAUCAGAAAGUGCUAAAGGUGGUCAGAAGAGUAGAGGAACAGAAAAGCCUCAAAUUAAGAAGGUGAGUAAGGAUGAAAAGACAAAAGAGCAAGCCUUAAUAGCUAACACUGAAAAUGUGAAAAGGACCCCAGCUCAGAGACAAAACAUUAAUAAAACAGCUGCUAAAGAUAAUGGCCAUAAUGUAAAUACUCCAACAGGAAGACCUCCAAUGAAGAAGAACAUGCUAGACAUCUUACAAACAAAGAAAUCUACUUUGUCAGGCAAAAAGAUAAUUAGCAAGCCAAAAUCUCUGAUUGAAAACAGAACUUCAUCACCUAAAAAGUCUUCAGAGGUGAGCGAGAGUUUUUCGAUGCCUGCCCUAAAUCCUUCACCCUCUGAAAUCCACCAAUAUGUUGAAAACUGGUUGGAGAAAUCCAGCCCAGAUCCAGCUCCAUACGCUGAGGAGGCCAUCACAGAUGAACCAGAGCCCCGGACAAAGGUAGUGUUUCAGAUAGGUGCUGAUUCUGAAUCAGAUGAAAAGAGUGAAUGCCAGACUAACCUAGAGUAUUAUCUAUCGCCUGGUAAUGCUGGUCAGAAAUCAGCUUCUUGUUUAACAGUACCUCUUUGUCAUGUGGAGCCGGCUACAGCUCUGCUGCACAGUGAACAACCUGCAAAAGGUUUGUGUGUUUCAAUGCCAAGUGUUAGAGUCGAUCUUGUACACCAGGAGAACAGACUGAGGGCACACAAAUCUGUAGAGGCCAUCAAUCCUGACAAUGAAUCAUCUUCAUCUACUUCCAACAUUUUAAGUCCCAAAGCAAAGAUAAAGCCUGUUCUGCAGCAACUUUGUUCAUCGGUUCAGUGCAUCAGAAGGGCAUCUGAUACCAACACAACACCUGGUCUUGAGAAGUCCAACAGCCUUCCUGAUUUCCCAAUGCAAGUGGCUUCAGUGUUUGGCUCGUCAUGUAAAGCCUUCCUGUCAUUUUUAUCUGUGAUGACUCUGCGAGAUAACCUAACAGGAUCCAUCCAGGAAGAUGGCAACCAAUCAAGAAGCGUCUCCGAGGCCAUGCUAAUGAUGGAAUCCCUGCAGAAGAUUUCUGCCAUUGGGGACGAGGAAGAGCAGAGGGCAAGUCUGACGGAUCUGCGAAGCAGAGCGUCUUCUCAGUUCAGGGAGCGUUGGAGGGAUUUCCAGAUUCUGAGGGAAAGGCUUGAGAGUGAACCGCUGUCUCCCAAAGUUUCAGAAACAGAAUUUGCCCUGGAUGUUGUCUCCGAAGUGGGUGACGUAUUCGAGGAUCGCCAUUUGCUUAUUGACGAGCUGAUGGAAGAACUGAAUAUGCCACAAGACCUCAGAGAACAGAUUACUUCAACAAUCCAACAAGCUAGAAGUUUUUACCCUACAGAUGACAGCACUUUUGUAGAAACUGAAAGAAACAAGUCAGACUCAGAGGAAGAUGUGGAAAAAUUUGUCAAAGAAUGCAGCGAUGAAAUCAAACAAUCACCUGAGCCUGAUAUUACCUGCAUAACUGAGACAAAACAGGGUGAUGAUAGCGAACAGGCCAAGACGGUGAAUGAAUCAGAACAAGAACCUGAUAAAGUUCAGGAAACAGACAAUGGUGUAGAAGAAUCAGUAUCAAUAUCACAGACAGAAAGAGAUGAGCCCUUAAAGGACAAAGAAAAUGAACAACAGGAACAAAUAGAGGAGUUUGAGGAGGACAGGGAGAGGAUGAAUGAUAGAGAUGCAAAUGAGAUAGAUGAUGAGGGCGAAGAGACUGAAAUGGAAAAAAGGGAAUGGAAGGAAGAGGCAGAGGAAGGGACAAUGACAGAGGAAAAAAUGCAUGGACAGGAGGAAUGGGAAACAGAAAAGGGAAGUGAAGAUCGGGAAACUGUUGAGAAAGAGACAGAGGAAGAGACGACAGGGGAUGAAGAGGGAGAGGGAUUAAAAGUACUAGAUGAAGAUCAAGAAGCAACAGUGAAUGAUAGUGUAGAGACAGAUGAGAGAGAGGCUGAUGAGGUGACAGAAGAGGAAGAAAAGGGGGAGGAUGAAGGUGAUGUUGAGGCAGAUGAGGAAGAAAAUGGGGAGGAAACUGAGGUGAAGAAAGGGGAAGAGGUUGAAGAAGCAAAUGAAGAUAUUGAAGAGACAGGUGAAGGAGAGGAAGUAGAUAAUAUCGAACAGGCAGUGGAGGAAGAAGAAGCCGAUGCUUUUACUGAGGAAGUAGAAGAAGUUGAGGCUAUUGAGGAGAAAGAGGAAGUGGAAAAGAUUAUUGAAGAGAUGGAGGAGGAAGAAGAAACAGAUGCAGUUACUGAGGAAAAUGUAGAGGAUGAGGUUACUGCAGAGGAGGAGGAGGAGGAAAGGGAAAUGGAGAGGGUUACUGAGGAGGAUGAUGAUGAAGAAGAUGUUGAAGAAACAAAUGAGGACAAAACCAAAGUGGUUAGUGAGGAAAACAAUGAGGAGGAAGAUGAGGAGGAAGAAGAGAGAGGGGAGGAUGGUGAAGAUGUUGAAGUUAAAAAUACAGAAGAAAGGGCGAUUACAGAUGAGGAGGAGGGAGGUGAAGAAACUGACGGGAAUAUAGAAGAGGAAGAAAAUUGUGAUGAGGGUGAAGCGAGCAGGAAAGAGGAGUCUUUGAAAACAGAAAAUAGUCUCGAGGAAGAGGUCAUAGAGCAGAUGGAGAGUGCAGAAAACAUUAAAGCAGAGCAGACGCUAGAUGAAGAAGAGAGGGAAGAUGAUGAAGAAAAUGAAGGUAAUGAGUUAAACGAGGGAUUCGGUCAGGUAGAAGAGCGAGAAUCAAAGCAUGAAGUAGAGGAAGAAAGUGCUUUUGAUGAUUCAGGCAGUGUUAUCGUUGACACAGGUUGUAGAAACCUUCUGGACGAGGCCUCAUAUCUGCAGCAGCAGGACAGCUGUGAAGAGGAAUCAAAUGUAGAUACUAAGGAAACAGAACACGACACUGAAUCACCAACCAAAUAUUCCUCCGAGGGUCAGUGUGAAGAUGAUAAAGCUACCGUGACAGACACUAUUAAUGAACUUGACGCAGACCAGGGAGGGGAGCAUCACGAGGAAAGAAGCAGCAGUCUGUCACAUCCAGUGGAAAUAUCACAGGAGUUACUUGACUUUGUUAACUCUGCCCUACAGUCAUCUUCUCUUAUAUUCACAUACGACUCUAGGGGGAACAUCAGGAUAGAGCCAGAUAAUGCUCGAGUUGUACAAACUAAACAAACUCUUAUUCCAAAAAGUAGAAAGGAUAGUGCAUAUGGCUUAAAGUGUCUCCCGAGCCCGAGCACGUCAGAUUUAUCUGAUUACAGACCCGAAACAUCGGAGAGUGGUGGAUACAAAAGUCAGGACUCUGUAGAUGUUGUCACAGAGAGUGGAGAAGAGUCCGAGAAACCUUUUCCAGUCUGCAGACGUAAGACUGAUAUACCUAAUGGGAGAACUAAUGUGGAGCGAGCUAACUCCAAAUUGUCCGUUGCAAGUAAUUCAGAAGUCUUGCAGAAUUCCCGAUUAAAAAGUGGAGGCAGUUUCUCUUCUUUCGACUCAGGCUCUAAAGCCUCAAGGGAGGAUCUGUCUUAUUUCAGUGCUGCAAGCUCUCAAAAGGCAGAUGCUGAACCUGCCAAGGAGGCCACACAGUGCAUUUCUUUCACCUCAGAAAAAGACUCAAUUGAUGGAGUUUUGAUUGACCAAGGUAGAUGGCUGCUCAAGGAGAAUCACCUCAUUAGAAAAUCUCCUCCACUCUCCAUGGGAAUGUAUGAUAAUGUAGAUAGCACAUCUGUAGAUACGGGUCAGGAGAACAUGAGCGAGGAUUCCCCGUCUCCUUGUAAAACUCAGCAUAACCCUCUUGCAGCCAUAUCCUCAUCAGAGCUUGAGGAGAUGGCGAAGCCGAAGUGCACAUACUUCAACAUGCCACAUGGAAGUGAUUCAGACCCCUUUCUGGAUGACUCCAGUUUAAAAAGUGGGAAAAACGAUACGAGCAGCGUCAAAGGAAGAGGCUUCAGGGUGUCACCUACGAUUGACACUACCAAAACCUGGCCAAAUAAAAAUGGUAGUCUGUCUUCAUUUGCAUCAGUUGAGUUUAAAGUAGCAGAUGGAAAGGUGCAUCCUGAGGGGGAGUCCUCGGCUGUGACGCGGCCAAGGAGGACAUCUAGUGGAAGAGGGGCUGUAAUGCAAGCACAAGACUCCCUGGACACACUACAUGUGAGAUGCGGCCAAUACUGUCCCAUACUGUAACUGCAAGACGUUAUGUUUCACGGAAAUAUUCACACAUGCUGGUCAUUCAUGUGCUAUUAGUUUUUGGUUUAUAAUGCAGCUAGAAAUGUUUAAAUAAUCAUGAAAAGAAACUUUUCUUGCAGUCUCACCUGACCUACAGACAUGUGCAGUGAGUGUGCCUCUUGUUUAUGUUAUACAUAGUUUAAAAUGUCAGUUUACAAACUUCAAUGCUGUCUUUUAAAUGCAAUAUAACAACAUCAUCAUAUAAGGACAGCUUAUUUUUUACUGAUUCAAUGCUCCUGACUGUACAUUACUUAUUAUCUAUUAUAUCAGAUACCACAAGUCAAUCAGUUUCUUAUUGAAUAUGAUGCAAAACAUCAUUAUAUUUUAUUUUGUUGCUUGUUCGG